GGGUGGACCAAAUCACACACUGGCUUGCAGACCCCGCCAACAUGUGCAUACGCAUCCUACAACAACAUCGCAUAGUAGGGGUCUUCAACUACCGCUCUACAGAGCUUAUGUACAACUGUUUUGCAGAGUUAUUUGUGGCAGCUUCUUUGUGCACUUCCACUUCAAAGUUCCUCAAAGCCCAGGGCUGCUCUGCAAACAGCCAGUCAACAUUCAGGAUCCUCACAUCAUUCCGUUUCAUCACUUCAGCUCAGCUGUGGCACCAGAACACCGGGCAAUUAAUUCUAAUGUGACUUUCAGUCAUCAGUAAUGUGAGCAGCUGUUUUGGAAAGUAUCAGAAGGGAAGAUAAGACCUCUGCCUCAGUGAUCUGACAAGAAAGAGGAGUGUGGUUUUUAUAAAAAUGCGGUCAAUGCUUUUCCUUCCUCCUUUUAACGCCACAUCGGCACUUUUUUGUCCGUCCUGUUGAGGGCCAUGCGCAGAUGUGUGCAGAAACGGGGGGGAGAGAGAGAGGUUCCUCACACACUCACGGACGCAAACCUGGAGGGAGACGCCAUUCGGACCACAAGCUGAACGAAGGCUAGUUCAGGUCACCUCGGUUCAUCUCUACAGCGUGCGAGAAAAGCUACAGCGUUGGCUCUGCAAACAGGCUACGCGCGCUAGUGCGUUCGGUCGACCCGGACGCUCGAUUCUCUGCGGCCGUGGAGUCGAAAUGCAGUCUCGCAUUGAAAGAAGCCUGCGGAAUGACUGAAGAUCUCCAUAAUUUGAAAGAAGCAACAUACAAAGCACAAUGACAAGCCUCUACUCCACAAGUUUCUCCAGCGCGUCCUACGUUGUCACAUUAAACGCCACACUGGCCACCACCCAAGGCCACAAACUUCCGGCAGGUGACAACCAAACCUGCAGGAUGGAUGAAACCUCCCUGAGGAUACCCCUGAUCUUGUUCUACUCCGUGUUCUUCGCGUUCGGACUGGUGGGGAACGUCCUCUCUCUCUACGUCUUCCUGUUCGUCCACACCAAGAAGAACUCCGUGCGCGUCUUCCUCAUCAACAUCGCCGUGGCCGACCUGAUCCUCAUCGCGUGCCUGCCCUUCCGCGUGCUCUACCACAGCCAGCACAACCACUGGACGCUGGGCCCCGUCUUCUGCAAGGUGGUGGGCAACAUCUUCUACAUGAACAUGUACGUCAGCAUCACCUUGCUGGGCCUGAUCAGCGUAGACCGCUACGUGAAGAUCCAGCGGGGGGUCAGGUCCAGGAUGCAGAAGAGCAGGUGGAGCAUCCUCGCCUGCUCUGUAAUCUGGGCCUUCUCCCUCACCGCCAUCGUCCCCAUGAUCGCCCUCUCCGAGGGCAACGAGGAGCGCGGCAAGUGCUUCCAAUACAGGCAGAGGCUGGGGGCCAAAGGCAAGGCCUACUUCAAUUUCUUCAUGGUGGCAGUCUUCUGGUUAGUGUUCGUCUGUCUCAUCGUCUCCUACGGCAAGAUCGCCCAGAAUCUACUCGCGGCCUCCAGGAACAAACCGGACCUUCCCAACGCGCACCGAUACAGCAGGACGGCCAAGAAGUCCUUCUUUGUCCUCUUCAUCUUCACCGUCUGCUUCGUCCCCUACCACACCUUCCGCAUCUUCUACGUCCACACGCAGAUCAGCGAGACGCCCUGCUCCUGGAGGAGGGUGGCGGACAAGACCAACGAGGUGGCGCUGCUCUUCUCCACCUUCAACAGCUGCCUGGACCCGGUCCUGUACUUCCUGCUCUCCGGCUCCGUCCGCAAGGCCACCAUGCGCAUAGCGGGCAACCUCCUCCACCUGCAGGACAGCACCGGCAACAGCUCCACCGCCGAGUUCCACAGGACCCAGACGCUCUCCACCCCGCGGCCCAGCCUGAGCAUGAUCAACACCCUACGCGUCCAGCCCCCGUCGGGACAAGACUGAGCUGUCUGCCACCGUUUCCUCCGCACGGCACCUCAGGGGCAAAAGCAGCUGUGGGGCCUUGCUGUACAUAACAAUGUGGAUUUUACUUUUGAAGGACAGAUUUCCAAGGAAACAUAAUAGAACACACGGGUCAGCUGGGGACUAACCCUAAUAUUGCCUGCCUUUUGUGUGGUUGGAAUAAUGAGCUUUAGAAGGUACUUGCUGUCUGAGUGACAGUACAGUGGCAGUACUGUAAGGCAAAUUAUGACCGGCUGAGAGGACUGAGGUGAUAUAAUAAAUACUGAACUUCCCGGUGAGCUUCAACUGUGUAAACAACAAACUGGAUCCAGUAAAAGAGCCAAUUUGUUGCCAAAUGCAGAAUAAAACAUCUACAUAAUGGGA